AUGGAAGAGGUUGGCCUUGAGCGGGUCUUGGGCUACCUCGAACAACAAGAAAUGACGGUUGAGAUGCUGAUCACUGACAGGCAUACUGGGAUUAAAGCACUCAUGAAGAGCAUCAAGAAGAAAAUUGCUGCAGCAGCACAAACAAAGGCACACCAAGUACUAGGCCUGUGGUGUGAGAGCAUCAUAAGGCACUUGUACUGGUGUGCAAAAACAAGUUCCGACAAUGGAGAGGAGCUACUGGCCAAGUGGACUUCUGCCAUGCGUCAUGUCAUCAACGUCCACACGCACCCCAAUGCAUUGCACCCAAGAUGCUUUCAUGAUGACCCCGGAGAAAGGCUGUGGCUUCUCGAAGGCACAGAACCAUUCAUGAAGCUUCACAGCAUUCUCAUGCCAAAGUACCUGUUAGUUGACAUCCCGAAGCUGUCUCCACGCGACCAGACCUAUGGACUUGAAGCCUACCAUAGCCUCCUCAUCCAUUUUGCACCAAAGUCGCACAGCUACACAUAUGAAGGCAUGCUGGCAAGGACCCAGAUUGCUGCACUGCACUAUAACUUCAACAGUGCCAGGAUAGUGCUAAAAAAUGACGACGGAACUGACAAGUAUGUCCUGAAAGGGUCUAAACCAAAGAAACAGUGGGUUGUCAUUCCACUGAAGGAAAAUGUGUCAUAUGGCUACGUGGACAAGCUAUUCACGGAGCUCUUCAGAUGUUUGAGCAAGUGGCCAACAUAUGAAAGUGCCGAGAGGGCAAAUCCACGUGUGCAGCGGCCAACACUGUGCAGCUCCUAUGGAGAGAAGCCAAGCAUCGAAGAAGUUAGGCAGAAUCAUUGGAGUCGAUUCCAAAGAUAGAUACACCCGUAUGCAAGGUAGGCCGCUGGUGCAAUCACUGGUUGCUUGUAAUGCGAUUCGAUAUGACCAUGCAUUAUCACAGUUGAAGGGAGACUGCACACAGAGAAGAAUGAAAGGAAUGCCCUUGUAGCUGAUGCUUUGGAUGUGUACCACACUUCACACAAAAGGUAAAGGUGCCUCU